CAAAUACAUGAUCAGGUUGUGGUAACGAAAUGUAAAGAUGGUAGUAUUGUAAGUAAAUGCUAUCAAGAAGGUGAUCAUAUUCUUGAUGUUGAUGGUGUACGGGUAUAUUCGAAAGCUGAUGCAAAGGAACGGAUAAUUGCUGGUUUAAGGAGUGCAUCUUGCGUUUCCACUGUUGUUGAAAGAAAAGAACCUGAAGAUUCAACUUCUAUUAGUAAUCGAGUAUUGCUAUUGGUUGGUGAUCGAAAUCCAAAAAUGGCACCAGAUGCGAUAAAAAUUGGACAACGUGAAGCGGCAAGGAUACGUGCAUGUGCUGGAAGACAAUUCCCGUUAAAAAGUAUAUUACGUACAUCAUCCUAUAAAUCACCUACUACAUUACAUUUUGAUAUGAAGCCGCUAAUAAUGAGAGUAGCAAGUGAUACAAAAGAACCAAAUCGUUUGGUGCAUGUGAAAAAAAAAGAGCCUAAUCGCGGAUUUCUGAAUCUUUUAUUUGGCAAACGAAGUAAUAUUGGAAAUAAACGAAAAGAUUUCCAGUAA